UGACUUUUGUGAAUUUAUACUGGCUUCAUCUAGAAGUAUGAUGGCAUAUUUGGGAAGGAGAGCAGCUACAUUCCACUGCAUCUCUAUUUAAAGCAACAUUUGGCAAAGGGUUAGCAGUUGUUGGACCAUAACUUUAUAACUGGACAACUAAUCAAGGGAAGCAAUGGGCAACUCAGGUCAAAUGAAUGCUUCACGAUUAGUUAUGCCAGUCCUUCUCAUGGUUGGUUGGAUUGUGGGAUGUGUAGUGGUGGUCUACUUUGUCUUUUCUUAAGUAGACCUGAAGACAUGUUGACUGAAAUAGUAGCAGAAGAACAAUAUUUGUAUAGGCUAAACCAAAAAGUCAUAUGCAAAUAGAAAUUCUACUUUAGGGUUUCCAUUUUUGUUACCAUGUUGUAAGACCACGCAAACACACCUAUAUUGCUGCCAGUGAAGAAGUAUGAAGAUGCAUGCAGCUUGCGAAUGCUUUUAGAAACUUGUUAAUUCAUUUUAAGUCAAAUGUAUUUCUUGCAUGAUUGGGUUUGUUAUACGUGACAAUUAGUUUAUACAAAACAAUA